UGCUGGAGGGCGCUCAGGGGGAGGCGGCCGCUGAUGUAAGCUGGGUGGACAGCUGGGCUCCGCUUGGUUGCGGCGGGAGCCCUGGGAUGGGCCGGCCGGGCUCGACCAGAGGAGGCGAGGCAAGCUCGCGCGUGGCUGGCCAUAAAACCCGGGCGGCGGGGCCGACGAAUAGCCCGCCCGCCCGCGGGACACACGCCCGGGAGGCGCGCAGGUCGUGCGCUCUGCGCUCCUGAGCGGUUUUCCAGACGCCGCGGCCAGAGGCACCGCUUCUCCCCGCGCCCAUUGUUCCCCGCGGGGCGGGGCGCCUGGAGCCGAGCCGCGCGCCGCGCCCCAGAACGCAAGAGGGAGGAAGGGAGGGAGUUCGGGGUUCCCGCGCCCGGCCCGAGAGGAGGCGCGGCGAGCCCAGGGACCAGAAGCCGGACUGGGAGCCUCCCCGCGGCACGCAGUCGGCUCGAGCAUGGGCGCCUGAGGCAGCCCGGCGCCGGCGGCGAAGGACGCGUCCCCACGGGCGGACUGACCGGCAGGCGGACCUGGACUGUCCACCGCGCCGGUGCCCCCAGCCGGGCCCCCGGCCCUGGCGCCAUGGACAAGCUACCGCCGUCCAUGCGCAAGCGACUCUACAGCCUUCCGCAGCAGGUGGGGGCCAAGGCGUGGAUUAUGGACGAGGAAGAGGACGCCGAGGAGGAGGGUGCUGGGGACCUCCAGGAUCCCAGCCGCAGGAGCAUCCGGCUGCGGCCGCUGCCCUCGCCCUCGGUAGCCGCAGGCGGCACGGAGUCCCGAGGCGCGGUCCUCGGGGCGGCGGACGGCGAGGGGCCCGCCCGUGGUACGGGCAAGUCCAGCACGAACGGUGACUGUAGGCGCAUCUGCGGGAGCCUGGCCUCGCUGGGCAGCAGGGGCGGCGGCGGAGCGGGCGGCGGCAGCAGUCACGGGCACCUGCAUGACUCCGCGGAGGAGAGGCGGCUCAUUGCUGAGGGCGACGCGUCCCCCGGCGAGGACAGGACGCCUCCGGGCCUGGCGGGCGAGCCUGAGCGCCCCUGCUCCUCGGCGAAGCCCUCAGCCUCUUCGCCGCCACUCCAGCAGUCGCCGCAGUCAGCCUCCACCUCCUGCGAGCAGCCUUCGGUGGACACCGCUAUCAAAGUGGAGGGAGGCGCGGCCGCUGGCGACCAGAUCCUCCCCGAGGCCGAGGUGCGCCUGGGCCAGGCCGGCUUCAUGCAGCGCCAGUUCGGGGCCAUGCUCCAGCCCGGGGUCAACAAAUUCUCCCUGAGGAUGUUUGGCAGCCAGAAAGCUGUGGAGCGGGAGCAGGAGAGAGUUAAGUCAGCCGGGUUUUGGAUUAUCCACCCCUACAGUGACUUCAGAUUCUACUGGGACCUGACCAUGUUGCUGCUGAUGGUGGGGAACCUGAUCAUCAUCCCUGUGGGCAUCACCUUCUUCAAGGAUGAGAACACCACCCCCUGGAUUGUCUUCAAUGUGGUGUCAGACACAUUCUUCCUCAUCGACUUGGUCCUCAACUUCCGCACAGGUAUUGUGGUGGAAGACAACACAGAGAUCAUCCUGGACCCACAGCGGAUUAAGAUGAAGUACCUCAAAAGCUGGUUUGUGGUGGAUUUCAUCUCCUCCAUCCCUGUGGACUACAUCUUCCUCAUUGUGGAGACACGCAUCGACUCAGAGGUCUACAAGACAGCCCGGGCCCUGCGCAUCGUCCGCUUUACCAAGAUCCUCAGCCUCCUGCGCCUCCUGCGUCUCUCCCGCCUCAUUAGAUACAUUCACCAGUGGGAAGAGAUCUUCCACAUGACCUACGACCUGGCCAGCGCCGUGGUGCGCAUUGUGAACCUCAUCGGCAUGAUGCUCCUGCUGUGCCACUGGGAUGGCUGCCUGCAGUUCCUGGUCCCCAUGCUGCAGGACUUCCCUGACGACUGCUGGGUGUCCAUCAACAACAUGGUGAACAGCUCCUGGGGAAAGCAGUAUUCCUAUGCCCUGUUCAAGGCCAUGAGCCACAUGCUGUGCAUCGGAUACGGACGGCAGGCGCCUGUGGGCAUGUCCGACGUGUGGCUCACCAUGCUCAGCAUGAUUGUGGGCGCCACCUGCUACGCCAUGUUCAUCGGCCACGCCACUGCCCUCAUCCAGUCCCUGGACUCCUCCCGACGCCAGUACCAGGAGAAGUACAAGCAGGUGGAGCAGUACAUGUCCUUCCACAAGCUCCCGCCCGACACUCGGCAGCGCAUCCAUGACUACUACGAGCACCGCUACCAGGGCAAGAUGUUCGACGAGGAGAGCAUCCUGGGCGAGCUCAGCGAGCCGCUGCGGGAGGAGAUCAUCAACUUUAACUGCCGGAAGCUGGUGGCCUCCAUGCCACUGUUCGCCAACGCAGACCCCAACUUCGUGACAUCCAUGCUGACUAAGCUGCGCUUCGAGGUCUUCCAGCCGGGCGACUACAUCAUCCGAGAAGGCACCAUCGGCAAGAAGAUGUACUUUAUCCAGCACGGCGUGGUCAGCGUGCUCACCAAGGGCAACAAGGAGACCAAGCUGGCAGAUGGCUCCUACUUUGGAGAGAUCUGCCUGCUGACACGGGGCAGGCGCACAGCCAGCGUGCGGGCCGACACCUACUGCCGCCUGUACUCGCUGAGUGUGGACAACUUCAAUGAGGUGCUGGAAGAGUACCCCAUGAUGCGGCGGGCCUUCGAGACCGUGGCGCUGGACCGCCUGGACCGCAUUGGCAAGAAGAACUCCAUCCUCCUCCACAAAGUCCAGCAUGACCUCAACUCAGGUGUCUUCAACUACCAGGAGAAUGAGAUCAUCCAGCAGAUUGUGCAGCACGACCGCGAGAUGGCUCACUGUGCGCAUCGCGUCCAGGCUGCCACCUCCGCCACCCCGACCGCCACGCCUGUCAUCUGGACCCCGCUGAUCCAGGCACCGCUGCAAGCUGCUGCCGCCACCACUUCUGUGGCCAUAGCCCUCACCCACCACCCACGGCUGCCCGCUGCCAUCUUCCGCCCUCCCCCGGGCCCCAAGCUCAGCAGCCUCGGGCCCGGGCAGACACCCAGGCAUCUGAAGCGGCUGCAGUCUCUCAUCCCUUCUGCACUGGGCUCUGCCUCACCCACCAGCAGCCCAUCCCAGUUGGAUACGCCAUCUUCCUCCUCCUUCCACAUCCAACAGUUGGCUGGAUUCUCCGCCCCUGCCGGACUGAGUCCUCUCCUGUCUUCGUCCAGCUCUUCGCCGCUUCCCGGGGUCUGUGGCUCUUCUCCUGCUCCCACACUAUCCGCCAACACAGCUUCCACCACCAUGGCCGGAUUUGGCCUCUUCCACAAAGCGCUGGGCGGCUCCCUGUCCUCAUCUGACUCACCCCUGCUCACGCCGCUACAGCCAGGCACCCACUCCCCACAGGCUAACCAGCCACUACCUUCACUACCAGGGUCCCAGGGCAGCCUGGGCCUCCUGGAACAUUUCCUGCCACCCCCACCUUCAUCCAGGUCCCCAUCCUCUAGCCCAGGGCAGCUUGGCCAGCCUCCUGGGGAGUUGUCCCCAGGUCUGGCUGCUGGCCCACCAAGCACGCCAGAGACACCUCCACGGCAGCCUGAGCAGCCGUCCGUGGCAGGGGCCUCUGGGGAGGCUUCUCCUAUAGCCUUUACCCCCCGAAGAGGUCUCAGCCCCCCUGGCCACAGCCCAGGCCCCGCAAGAACUUUUCCAAAUGCUCCACCCCGGGCCUCUGGCUCCCAUGGUUCCUUGCUCCUGCCACCUGUAUCCAGCCCCCCACCACUCCAGGUUCCCCAGCGCUGGGGCACACCACCUCUCACCCCAGGCCGCCUCACCCAGGACCUCAAGCUCAUCUCAGCCUCUCAGCCGGCCCUACCCCAGGAUGGGGCACAGACCCUCCACAGAGCCUCCCCACACUCUUCUGGGGAGUCUGUGGCUGCCUUCCCGAUCUUCCCCAGAGCUGGGGGUUGCAGUGGGGGCCUUGGUCCCCCUGGGAGGCCCUAUGGUGCCGCCUCAGGCCAGCAUGUCACUCUGCCUCAGAAGACAUCCUCAGGUUCUUUGCCACCCCCUCUUUGUUUGUUUGGGGCAAGAGCCGCCUCUUCUGGGGGCCCCCCUCUGACUGCUGCUUCCCAGAGGGAACCUGGGGCCAGGGCUGAGCCAGUGCGAUCCAAACUGCCAUCCAAUCUAUGAGCUGGGGCCCCUUCCUCUCUUUCCUCUCUUCUUUCUUCCUUCAGGUUUAACUGUGAUUUAGGAGAUAUACCAAUAACAGUAAUAAUGAUCAUUUUAAAAAACUCACACCAGAAAAACAAGACAGCAGAAAAUAACCAGGUAUUCUUAGAGCUAUAGAUUUUUGGUCACUUGCUUUUAUAGACUAUUUUAAUACUCAGCAGUAGGGGGGCGGGAGGUUAGGCAAGGCUCAAAUGCAAAAGCCAGAGCAAGGUUGGGGGGUGGGGCCUACCUAUGUUUGGGGUUCCUAGAGCAGACCUGUCAUUGUAUUUGUUUUAGGGCACCAGCCACCACCAGCCCCUCAGCAGUGAACUUGGUGCCUCACUCUGCGGGGAGUCUUCUAGGGGCUGCCCUUGGUGGUUUUCCUGGGAAGCCUCAGUCUCCUGAGUCCUUGGAACAAAGUGGGGCCAGGGUCCUGAGAAUUUUGCAUUUUUUUACUGCAAACCUAGCAAGAUCUGUAUAUGUAUGUAAUAUGUGUAUAUGUAUAAGCUAUGUAGCGCUCUGUAGAGCCAUGUAGAUAGCCACUCACAUGUGAGCAAUCUAGUUUAACCCAAUGUUGCCGGGACACCCAGGUCACCUUACACCCAGCAGCCCACCGUCGUCCACAGGCUGGGAAUCGGAAGGUCUGGGGGAGUCUUCUUUCCAGUCCUCAGGGAAGAGGACCCCAAGACCUCUCAGCAGGUCCCCUGUCUCCCCAUCUCUGGUUUCAUAUCCAAUCCCAGCCUGACCUCUCACCACAUGGAAGCAGAGGACCCUGAACUGUGCCUCCUGUAGGUCCUCAAGCACAUCCUGUCCUCUCUGUGGCCCUCAGUUCCCUGUCGGGUCAGUGGGAGGUGAGGGUACUUCUGGUUGAGUCUGCUCUGUGCCAAGCACUGGUUCAGCACUUUACACUCAUUAACUCCUUCCAUUUCACAAAGACCAUGAGGUAGGUACUUUGAUUCUCCCUAUUCCACAGAUGAGAAAACUGAGUUUGGGGGACUUUUUCCAGAAUCAGGUAGCGGGGAGUGACAGACCUGGGACUGAUUUGAGAUUCUAAUUCAUGCCUGCCUGAGGCCAAAGCCUAGGUUCCUUCCAGUAAAAACUGUUGCGAAAGGCUGAGUUAGUCUUCAAGCAUGGUGCAGCGGGGGAGGCCAGAUUAUAGAGGCACCAGACCUGGUUUGAGUUCCAGCCCUGCCUCAACUGUGUGAUCUUGGGCAAAUUAUCUGACCUUCCUGAGUCUGUUACCUCAAAUGUAAAACGGGAAUAAUUAUGGUGCCAUCUUACAAGUGUGAGGACAGGAUGAGAAAAGCAGUAUAUGUGAAAUGCCCAGCCCGUACCUGGCACAUGCCAUAGUAGGUGCUCAGUAAGUCAUGUUUCUUCUGCCUCCCCUCACCCAGCCCAUUGCUCCAGCAGCUGUGGCGAGAGCCCAGGGGGCUUUGGCUGAGGGCUCCAGGACUUAGGAUCUCAGGGCAUAGGAGGCGGCGGGCUUCCUGAAGGGCCUAAGGAAGGUGUGUGGCCAGGGGCAGGCUUGAGCCAGGCCUUGAGAUGU